ACACGGAGUGGUGAGGAGCUGCUGCUGAAGUCUCUGCCCUGCUGCUGCUUCCUCGCAGACACCCAGGAUCUAUCCAUCUGCACACAUUUUUAGCCCCCACCUUUUUCUUGCUGUCGUCCCCCUGCUUCCCCGUUCUCUCCAUCGUCUCAAUCUUGGAAAAUCCUUGGGGUUUCGGGGUCUGGGAUUUUUUGAUUUUUUUUUAAUCUGGGUACCUUUCCCCCCUUCUUCUUUUCCCCCAUCUCUGUCUCUCCAUCAAAUCCGGGCUGAUGUGCUCCGCGAGAGGCUGGAAAUGGAAGUGGUGAUGAUCUGGCUUUUCCCCUGGAUAUUUCAGUGCGUUUCAGUGCGGGCGGACUCCAUCAUCCACAUUGGUGCCAUUUUUGAAGGAAAUGCUGCCAAGGACGACGAAGUCUUCAAGCAGGCGGUGUCCGAUCUGAACCUCAAUGACGACAUUUUACAGAGCGAGAAAAUCACGUACUCCAUCAAGCUCAUAGAGGCCAACAACCCCUUCCAUGCGGUGCAGGAAGCCUGUGACCUGAUGACCCUGGGAAUCUUAGCCUUAGUGACAUCCACUGGUUGUGCCUCAGCCAAUGCCCUGCAGUCCCUGACAGAUGCCAUGCACAUUCCACACCUCUUUGUACAGCGCAACUCGGGAGGUUCCCCGCGCACUGCUUGCCACCUAAAUCCUAGUCUUGAGGAGGAAGAAUACACACUAGCAGCCAGACCGCCUGUCCGCCUCAAUGACGUUAUGCUGAAACUCGUCACCGAACUUCGAUGGCAAAAAUUCAUAGUAUUUUAUGACAGCGAUUACGAUAUUCGUGGGCUGCAAGGAUUUCUGGACCAGGCCUCUAGACUGGGACUUGAUGUAUCUUUACAAAAGGUGGACAGAAACAUCAGCAGAGUUUUUGCCAGCCUUUUUACUACCAUGAAAACUGAAGAGUUGAAUCGCUACCGUGACACAUUACGAAGAGCAAUCUUACUUCUAAGCCCCAGGGGAGCCCAAACUUUCAUCAAUGAGGCUGUGGAAACCAACCUUGCUUCAAAGGAUAGUCACUGGGUCUUUGUAAAUGAGGAAAUCAGUGAUAAUGAAAUAUUAGAACUGGUACACAGUGCUCUCGGGAGGAUGACAGUUAUCCGGCAAAUCUUCCCUCUGUCAAGAGACAACAAUCAGAGAUGCAUGAGAAAUAAUCAUAGAAUAUCUUCACUGCUCUGUGAUCCACAAGAAGGCUAUCUGCAGAUGCUGCAGGUCUCUAACCUCUAUCUAUAUGACAGCGUGCUCAUGUUGGCCAAUGCCUUCCAUAGAAAGCUGGAAGACAGGAAAUGGCACAGCAUGGCAAGUUUGAACUGCAUGAGGAAAUCCACCAAACCUUGGAAUGGAGGUCGAUCCAUGUUGGAGACUAUUAAGAAGGGCCAUAUAACUGGGCUCACUGGCGUUAUGGAAUUUAGAGAAGACGGCUCCAACCCCUAUGUCCAGUUUGAAAUACUGGGCACCAGCUAUAGUGAAACAUUUGGCAAAGAUGUGCGGAGGUUGGCAACAUGGGACUCUGAAAAGGGACUGAAUGGCAGCCUACAAGAACGGCGUCUGGGCAGUGAUUUGCAAGGACUGACACUGAAAGUGGUGACUGUCUUGGAAGAGCCUUUUGUGAUGGUGGCAGAGAACAUACUUGGGCAACCGAAGCGCUAUAAAGGAUUUUCCAUUGAUGUCCUGGAUGCACUUGCCAAGAAUCUGGGCUUCAAGUAUGAGAUUUAUCAAUCUCCUGAUGGCAAGUAUGGACACCAGCUCCAUAACAGCUCUUGGAACGGCAUGAUUGGAGAACUUAUUAACAAGAGAGCAGAUAUGGCAAUCUCGGCUAUCACUAUAACACCGGAACGGGAAAGUGUUGUGGACUUCAGCAAGCGGUACAUGGAUUAUUCAGUGGGGAUUCUAAUCAAGAAGCCUGAAGAGAAAAUCAGCAUCUUCUCUCUCUUUGCUCCCUUUGAUUUUGCGGUUUGGGCCUGCAUUGCAGCUGCCAUCCCUGUAGUUGGUGUCUUGAUAUUUGUUUUAAACCGUAUCCAGGCAGUCAGAGCACAGAAUUCUUCACAUCCCAGUCCCUCUGCUUCCUCCACGCUUCACAGUGCCAUUUGGAUUGUGUAUGGGGCCUUUGUUCAGCAAGGUGGUGAAUCUGCUAUCAAUUCUGUGGCUAUGCGCAUUGUGAUGGGAAGUUGGUGGCUCUUUACCCUUAUUGUGUGUUCAUCCUACACAGCUAAUUUAGCAGCAUUUCUCACAGUAUCAAGGAUGGAUAAUCCUAUAAGAACAUUUCAAGAUCUGUCCAAACAAAUGGAUAUGUCUUACGGUACCGUCAGGGAUUCAGCAGUGUAUGAAUACUUCAAAGCAAAAGGGACAAACCCUUUGGAACAGGAUAACACAUUUGCUGAACUGUGGAGGACAAUCAGUAAAAAUAAUGGGGCAGAUAACUGUGUAUCGAACCCUUCAGAAGGCAUCAGGAAGGCAAAGAAAGGCAACUAUGCUUUUUUGUGGGAUGUAACAGUUGUGGAAUAUGCAGCCUUGACAGAUGAUGAGUGUUCUGUGACCGUCAUUGGAAACCGCAUCAGUAGUAAAGGGUAUGGGAUCGCACUCCAGCAUGGCAGCCCCUACAGGGAUCUCUUCUCCCAAAGGAUCUUAGAAUUACAAGACACUGGAGACUUGGAUGUACUCAAACAGAAAUGGUGGCCGCGGAUGGGACGUUGUGACCUGAACAGCCACACCAAUGCACAGACAGAUGGCAAGGCACUGAAGCUUCACAGUUUUGCAGGCGUCUUCUGCAUUUUAGCAGUAGGCCUUCUUCUUGCGUGUUUGGUGGCAGCGCUGGAGUUGUGGUGGAACAGCAACCGUUGUCAUCAAGAAACUCCAAAAGAGAGCAGUUACAGCAUGGGCAGCAGCAGUGCAAACUUCCCUACGUUGUCCCACCAAUGUGCCUCAACCCUGACCUGGAGAGACCAGCUUUAGGGGUAAGAGAGUAGCUGAGACACCAUGCCCUUGGCCUCUCUGCUAAGACUGAUAGCAAGGAUACUAAUUGGCACCAACUGAUGUUUUUGUGAUUUGGAUCCUUGUCUAGUGGGCUGUGACCCAGCUCAUUCAACAUAACUGCCAUCAGAUGGCAACAAUUUUUGGUUACAACCAAUCUAGAUCAAAUUGGAGCAGGUGACUUAGUGAUUAAAAGUUAAUGAUCCCAUUAUUAAUACAUUACGCUAGGCAGCCACCAACACUGUUUAACAACUUUACUUUUGGAACCUUUAAAAAAAAUUAAUGACUUUUCUGAGCAAAUGCCUUUCAUAUAAAAUAUUUUACCUAGAACAAUACCAUUUGGAAUGACUUGUUUGCAAAAAUUUUCUUGCAACAGUACAAACUAACUAAUAGUAACAUUAUGGUAGACUAAACAGUCCAUAUGCAGAGCUAUCUUGCAUGAAGCAUGUAUUUAUUUGCAUCAAUUAAAAAGUGUAACAAGCUAACCUCUGGGAAUUUUUUAAACAUUGAGACACUUGCAGAUUCUUACAUUUUGAACAGAUAUUUGUUACAGGCAAGCUGUAUCACUGCUGGAAAAGAAUACAAAGCCCAUCAAUUCCAAUCUUAAUUUCUAGGAGUAUUACAAUAAUUGACACGCCUACCACACAUAAACAAUUGUGGCAUAUGGAAUCUGAAAAUAUAUGUUGCAGUCUGUAAUGUUAUCAAAUAUUUGUCACUAAGAUUCCAUUCUCUGUGUUCCCUCUUCACCCAUUUUAAUUCAUCCGCAAAGUGUUCAGUGAUAAACAUCCAUAUCAUGCUUGUGGGACAAACCUGUGAAGUCACUUGCACACAACUCCACGAUGUAUAUUGCUGAAAGGGAGCCUUUUGAUAAUGGAAAUUUUGUAUCCAUUUUGCUUAGCACAGUAUAGCAUUUGGAGAGCAUACACAGUGAGGACAAAUAGCUUUGCCUAUAAAGACAGAUGCAUUUAUAUUUUUGAUGCACGGCUUUAGCCUUUCCCUUAGUACACUGUAGACCUCAUCCCCACUAGAACUGUGGAGGGCUACUCCACAAUAAGGCCCAUACCCUGUAAGGGAGCUCUAUGCAGGGGGACCUCCUCACCUUUGCAGAAUACCUUGCAGGAUCAUGGACAAAGGUGGUAACUAUUCAAAGUCCACUAAUAUUAGCCAUAUUUGGGUGUGAUGUACUCUGGGUGUAUUCUCCUUUCAAUGCUCAGGGAGUCCAAUGCAUACAUCUUUGCAGACUUAAAUGAGCAUAUACCCAAAAAUCAGAGACAAAAACAGAAAAGGUAAAGUAAGCGUUAGAUAAGGUCAGUCACUGAUUUAGUUCAAGAUAUCCCAAGCUCUAUUUUAUUUCUAUUUCCCAUUCCUUGGGGAAGGAUCUGUGUCUCUUAUCUUUAAUGUUCUGCUUCCUUUGCUCCUGCUUCACCUUAUUUUCUUUUUCUUUUUCUGUGUCUAACUGGAAUUCUUACAGCUUUCAUCAUUCCCCUAUCCCACUUUUCUUAAUCAGAAAUACAAUGCUUUAGGCUUUUACUGUUCUAAAUUAUGGCCGCCCUUAACUUUCUUUCUUGGAAUGCUCAGGGUCUUAACAUUCCCACAUAAAAAUCUCUAAAAUACUUCAGCAGACUCAAAGAACAGAUGGAUGUAUGGUACAGCUUUACUCCAGGAAGAUCACUCAUCUGUGGGAAUAAGCAGAUGUGUGGGAGUAAGUGGUUUCAAGUCUGAGCCAAAAGCACUUCCAAGGUAGAGGUAAACAAGACAAAUUAAACUAAGACAAGACACAGGAGAACAGGUCAAGAAAGUGAGGGUGUGUGUGGAGAGACUGGGAAAGGGAACAAGGAGGGUGCAGUCCUGCAAGAAGCUGGUUUUAAUUUUAGCAGAGAGAGGGUACUGCAUGGACAAAAUGUGGGAGACUUUUCCAGAUGCAGGUGGCAGAAUGGAUGAAGGUACAAAGUUGAGAAUGGGAGAAGGAGAUGAAGGAAUCAGUAAUGAAAGGUCUUGGAGAAGUAUAAGGAGCAGGCAUGAGGUAGAAGGAAAUGAAAAUAGUGAUUAUGUAAGGCCCUAAGAAGAGUACAAGGAGCUUGAAUUUAAUGAAAUAAAAUGCAGGAAGCCAGUAAAGUGGUUCAAGGAGAUGGCAUAAAAAGGUCAGAGCAACCAGAGAGGAAGAUGACUUUAGCAGGCACUCAGAUACCAUACUUCUCAUUAUUGUAUAAAUUCCCAGAUGGAUUAGGUAGAAGGAGCAUUUGGAUGCACUAGAAGGUGAAGUGAGAAAUAGGAUUGAUGAAGAGGUGUAGGUUCCUGUAGUCAAGGUGAGAAAUGUCCACCAAGGAUGCAAGUGCAAGUAGUUGGGAUAUUGAAAAGAGAAUAUUCUGAUAAUGUUAAAUAGAAAAAUGUUUCAGCGUUAUGAAGGGACAGGAUAUGGGGGAGGAGGAGAAAGAGCAUUUCUAUGGUGCCAAUCACUGUAAAGUAUAAACACAUAGAUUACAGAAAACAGUGAAAUCUGUCCCACUGGUGCAGUCAAUAUACCAUCCAAUUCUGUAGUUUAAUUAACGGCUUCUAACUUUGAACACACUGCUGGAUUUUUCUUCUCUUCUGCUUUUUGGAAGGCUUUGGCAAAGACAUGUGACUUGCAAUGUGAGCUGAAAAUGGUGAGAGUUAGAUUUUUCUGGAUCACCCUUGGAAGAGUGUUCCAGAGUCUCGUAUGAGCGUAAGUACACACAAAUGGUCAUACUGGGUCAGACCGAUGGUCCAGCUAGGCCAGUAUCCUGUCUUCUGACAGUGCCCAAUGCCAGAGGCUUCUGUGGUAAUGAACAGAAGAGGGCAAUUACGAAGUGAUCCAUCUCCUGUCAUCCAGUCCCAACAUCUUGCAGUCAGAGGCCUAGGGACCCCCUGUGCAUGGCCACUGAUGGACUUAUCUUCCAUAAAUGUAUCUAAUUCUUUUUUGAAUUCAGUAUUAGUUUUGGCUUUCACAACAUACAGAGGCAACGAGUUCCACAGGUUGACUAUGCUAUGUGUGAAGAAGUACUUCCUUUUAAACCAGUAAAAUAAAGAGUGAAAAAUCCGAACUAAUGACCGCUUUGGACUUUCAGUUAGACUAUUCUCUAUCCCUUUUGAAAAACAGAGCAGUUGAAGAGGGUUAGUCUCUGGUUCCCUGAAGAUUAUACUUGGCUCUGCUAGCCAUAGGGUACUGGGCAAUGAGUUUCCCUGGCUUGUCAAACAAAAGAGGCAAUCCUUUGGAUAGUAUGACCGUAUCUCAUUAAUGGGUUUGUAAAUCAGUUCUAGACACUUGUAGUGAAUCCAGGAUUAAAUCAGUUCUUGUUGAAAAGCACUGGCAUAACAUGAAUGGUAUGAUCCACUCAGUAGACGGAACUCUACACCAACUCCUGCUUCUUUGUGAACUUCUUAUCUUGGCCCAGGAAGAGGGAAAUAUUCUAAAGGUGACAAGUGCACAAACCACUUUUGCUAAUUCACCAGAGGAAUGGAUGGAGUCUUCUUACUACCUGGAGAGGGGAGAGAUCACUUUUAGUAACUGCUGCAGUUUGUGCUUCCAGAGUCAGUACCGAGUCCAGCAUGACCCGAAGGCUGUGUGUUAUCUUGACUUCAGCUGAGGAUGAAGUACUGAUAUUUGCCAGUUCCUCAAAGCAUUUUCCUCUUCCACUUAGAAUCACAUUGGUGUUUUCUGGGUCAGGUGAGCCCGUUGUUCUUCAUGUACAUUGGAGCAAUCAAGUACUCAGAUAUUUAAAUGGUAUAAAUUAUUAUAGAGAGAAGGUGGGUUAAGUAAUACCUUUUAGUGGACCAACUUCUGCUGGUGAGAGGGACAAGCUUUUGAGCUUUCACAGAGCUCUUCUUCAGGUCACCUUGUCUCUCUAAUAUCUGGGAACCAACAUGACUACAACACAGCAUACAUAAAUAAUUAAUGUACUGGUAACACAAACUGGUUUGUGGAAAGGAAGACUUGCCUAUGAUGAUAUUAGAAAAAAAAUUAUAUUUGCACCACAAUGCCAGAAUCUUCCAGUAGGAUGCACAUUUAUUGUCUAUUAAUGCUCAAAAGACAUUUAGAAACAUUUAAAUGGCCUUGAUUACUUCUAACUUUGGGGAAAUUAUAUUUGAUCUUCCUUCAGUGACUAGAUUUUCUACAAUUUAUAGACAAUCUCUUCUAACUUUGACUAGAUUUUCUGCAAUGUAUUGUUCCAAUUAUUUUCAGUGGCCAGUCCUCUGAUCCUGGUCAUGAAUAUCAGAGCACUUCCACAAAUCUUCAGAUGCAUCAUAACUUGGCCCAUUAAACAGAAGUGUGUAUUUUGCACCAGUGAUAUUAGGCUGUUUCUUACUGAUCCACAAUAGUUUAUACGUAAUAUUUUGGAUACUAAUAUUGUCUUUAGAAGCUUUUUAGUCAGUAAAAUGAGUGAAAAAUCCAAACUAAUGACCAUUUUGGACUUUAAACUAGAUUAUUCUCUGUCCCUUUUGAAUAACUGAGCAAGUAAUGUAUUGGUCCCCGACCUCUAAAGUGUGUCUGUCAGUGUGGUCUACAUUAUAAAUUAAUCACUUGCAUAUAUUGAAAACAGAGUCUCUCUCUCAUAGUAAAAGAAAUUCAGAAAAUGAAUAGUGUCUCUGUGAUGGGGUCCCCAGGGUGCCACCUGGCUUUUGGGACUGUUGAGCCCUCCAAACCCACCAACCUGGGUUGGCCCUCACACUGUGAUGCUAAUGUCAAGUUGCAAAACCUUGACAGGCACUGCCCUUUACACAGACAUACACAGGCAUGGACACCCCCAACUUUGAUACAUGAAUGAUUUCCCAGUCACUCAUGAACCAUUAACAGGGAAGCUGCAGUCAAUUCCCCCCAGCUCCCCAGCCUCGCACCCCAGAACUGUACUGUCUUGCACUGGGUCAGAAGCCUGACCAGUGUAAUUUCGUUAUUUAGUUCACCACUUCUUCAUAGGAAAGUGGAUGUGCACCAGCCUUUGUAACCUGAGCUGAGAUUUCCUAAGCACUUUACACAAACUCACUUAUAAGGAUACAACAUUAAAAUAUGUUUAUUAAAUACAGAAAGAUAGCUUUUAAGUGAUUAUAAGGGGUAGGCAUAAUGGUCAAAGAUAGUUAACUUAAGAAAAUAAAAAGUAAACAUGUUUGCUAAAUCCUAAACUUUUAGUCUAACCAAGAGUUGAAUCAAGCAGCUUUUCUCAUCCUGACAGAUGGCACAAGCAGGUUUCAGUUCCCCAAUACACAGGCUGAACUCCCUUUCCAGCCUGGAACCAAACUUUCUUAGUUUAAAGCUUUUGUCUUCCAGAUGUGUUCCCAGAUGUUGAGAUGGGUGGAAGGGGUGGAGACAGGCCAAGUGAUGAUAUCACUUUCCUUCUUUUAUACUGUCUUCCAGCUUGCUGGAAAGAUCCUUGUUGUCACAUGGGGAUCAGGCAGUCGCCAUUGGUCAAGCAGUCUCCAUUGCAUACGUGAUCUCUCUGAGAAGUCUCUGGGAUAGUGGAUUCUUUUCUUGAUGGGUGUUGAUGGGCCAUUGACACUGUCUGGCUGUUGCUGGCUACUCCUUUCUUGUAACUCCUUUGUUGUAACUUUGUUGUUGUGGGUGUUCCCAACUUCACAACACAUUACAGUAACACAUAUAGCAAUACUUCAUAACUUCACGUACAAUGAUAGUACAUACAAUCAAAAGGAUAUUAAUGUUCAGCAGAUCAAGACUUUUGAAAUGAUACCUCAAAAGGUAUACUUUCUACAAAAAUAUCAUAAUAUCACAGUGGUGAAUAUGGUGGUUCCAGGGUGCUAAUUUGAGGUACAGAGGGUCAGAGCAUCCUAAGUCCAGUAACCUUUUAGUACAAUUGCUGCUCAUGUCUUUCACAAGCUCAACAAACGAAUAUAAUUUGGGUCAGUCAAUUUGUGAGGGCUUUCCCACAACACCGAGUCUUGGCUAUUUUUCAAUUUAUUUGACAGUCUGAAAGAUGGUUUCCAAAUGCUCACUGCCAUUAUGACCCAACAUGGCUGCUAACUGUAAUAGACUUAGCAGGCUCCAUCGAUACUUUAUCAGCUAUGUCUUUCUGCCCUCAGCUAUCCCCCCAGAAGAACAAUUCUCUUGUGCUAUCCUCAAAGUCAUCAAGCCAUUGUAGCCCCCCCUCCCUUUUUUCCAUAUCGAAUGUUACACUCUAUAUAACUAAAACUUUGAAACUGAGAAGAAUAAAAAAGUCAACCAUGGAAAUCCUGUAAAAUUCUCUGUGUGUGCCAUCUAAUCCCAGAAAACAAAUUAUGUGACAUCUUCACAUUAAGGAGAAUUAGCAACUUUAGACUAAUCAUUGACUUUCUUCAGCUAUUUACAGAAUGAUUCCUUUGCCAAGAACUGAAAUGUAUUGCAUCACUUAUAGAAGAUAAGAUUGACACAUUGGCCGUUAAGCCACAUCUUGCCACUAUUACAACUUGCUCAUCAAAUUUCUCUUUCGAUCUUUCCUUAUCUAGAAUGAAGUGGACUAUAAAACAUAAAUGUAUUUAAUCUGAAGAGACUGGAACAUGACACAAAUCACAGUUAUAAUGCUGGUGUACAUGGAACUUUAAUGUCCUGCUAGCUAGGAAAUUACGUCAUUUUCAUCUUACUCAAUUGCAAUUAGAUAUUGCAUCAUCUCUCUCCUUUAAGGACCCUAAGGAUCUUUCAUACCAUAUAUUUGCAAUUCUUUAACUAUCACAGUGUGAAUUAAAGCUGCUUGGUUUAUAAUUUCUCAUCGUUUUAAUCAGCCAGUGUAAAAUCAUUCUACCGAGCAGUCUUUUUCUUUCUCCUGUCCUCAGUGUUCUCCUUCUCCUCUAUUUUUCAGAUUAAGGAGGCCGACAUCUAAUGCUCUGUCCACAGCAGGAACAGAAUUAUACUAACUGACUCAUAUAUUUGUAACAGCAUCAUGUCAUCAUUACUGCUUUCACUCUGUUUUCAACAAAAUAACUUCAAUAGAUACUAUUGCAACCCCACAAGUCAUCACUCUGCAAAACUUUCUAACUGUGCAGGAUUGAGGAAGGUGAUGAAAUUGCCCUGAAAUAGUCACAAGUAAUUUGGUCUGUGGAGAGGGGAUAACAAAAAACAACAACCUAUCUCUCUGGACUGGGAUGCACAGCCUUAUAUCUUCUGCCUUAAGUUUCCCUAUAGUGCAUCAUAUAUCUCUGCUGGAUGAGGACACACCUAUUUUAACCUACCUCAAAAAAUCUGCACUUACAGCUUUAGCUUUUUAGUCUUUCUCUUUGGAAUUGGUAAACUGAAACCCACUGUAUCUCGGAAAUAGAAAUAUGAGAUUAUUAAUAUGAUCAUAAUGGGUCAAAGAUGAUUACUGCUGAGAAUUCUAAUCAGGAUCAAGUUUACCUCGCCUCAGAUCUCCAACAAGAUAUUAUUUCAUAGGUCCUGGCACAUUUUCCGUAUGGUGUCAGCCACCUUUUUGGUUAUUAAAGGUUCUUAUACUUACACCAAUUUUUCUCUUCCUUUAUUCUUUCCUGUUCGUACCUUUCUUUUCUUCUCCACUUGCCUUCUUUCUGCUGCUAUCUUUUUUCUCUGACUAUUUGAUUCCCCCUUGGGACAGUUACUUCUGAUGGUGAAAGAAAACACAAGAUCAUUGAACUGACAUUUUAUUUUCCCUUCAU